GCUCAGUCUCGCCGUGUCGUCAUCAGCCAGCGCCGCAGUAAAAAUGGCCGCUUGUUUGUGUUAUUGUUGAAACGUGAAGCGGUGCAGGUUUUAUUAAAGCAUCCAGCGAUUCACUGCAGAAUGUCUGACGAGGAGAAGAAGAAGGACAUGGGUGAAGGGCGGAACUUCUUCAUGAAUUACAGCGACAGCGAUCUGAGUGACAGCAGCAGCGACUCGGAUGAUGGAGAGCAGAAAACAUCGCGGAAGAAGCGGAAGCUCGAUGAGAAAAGCGGCGCUUCUGAGGGAAAAGCGGGAUCUUCAGGGGGACAGGGGAAGGGUGGAAGUGGAGGAAUUCCGUUACCCAAACCUGAUGAUCUGUUCAGAUCGGUGUCCAAGCCCGCUUUCCUUUACAACCCGCUGAAUAAACAGAUCGACUGGGAGAGCCGCAUCGUUAAAGCUCCCGAAGAGCCUCCUAAGGAGUUCAAGGUGUGGAAGAGCAACGCCGUGCCUCCUCCUCAGAGUUAUGAGGUGAAGGAGAAGAAGGGUCCGCCUCCCGGCAUGGACAUGGCCAUAAAGUGGUCCAGCGUGUACGAGGACAACGGAGACGAUGCUCCUCACAGACAAGCACAGCAGGCUCACUUUCUACCUGACGAUGAGCUGGCGCAUUCUGACGACGAUGAUGAUGAUGAUGAAGAGAAGGAUGGGAAGACGUCCUUGUCAGCCAAGAAGCGCAGAGUGGAGACGUUCCAGCAGAAGGAAAAGCGGAAGCGUGAUCUGGGCCAAGCCACGUCUGAUAAGAACUUUGUGGAGGAGGAAAAGCGGAUCUUGAGGCAGUGUUUGGAGUGAGGGACGAGUCGAGCUUCAUGAUGCACAGGGAGGAAGUGGACGAAAGACUGGUCGCUUAUAUAGAGCUGAAAACUCUUACUAUAACCUACCCGUAUAUUAGAGAAUAUGUAGUAAAUAAAACACUUUGCUAAUGUGAUGGUCGAGAGAAAUAAUAGCGAUGGUGUGAUGAUGCUGAGUUACUGUUACCAUACAGAUGUUGAUUACUUUCUUAUAACUGCAUGCCAGGAAGUGGGUUAUUCAUCUUCUACCACUGUAAUUUGCUUUUAUAAGAGAAAAAUUGGUCAGAAUUUUAUGUUGUGAGUGAUUUCAAAUCGGUUUGAUUAAACUGAAUCAGAUCGAGAGA